AUGGCCGACACUCAGAUUCCCAUCAACGGCACUUACCAAACACAGCCCGCCUACACUGACUCAUACAACCAUGCGCACACCGCCGUAAACAGCGUUUCUAACUUUCAGCCGGCACAGUCUUCUACUCCUUCCAAUGCCCCGUCUAACGACCAGAAAAAUGGCAUCUCGAAAGACGAGGUUGGAUGGUAUUUCGUUGAGCAAUACUACACCAACAUGAGCCGCAGCCCGGAUAAGCUGCACCUUUUCUACUCUCGAAGAUCUCAGCUUGUCUUCGGCACUGAAGCUGAAUCCGUCCCGGUUGCUGUUGGCCAGAAGGCUAUCCAAGAAAAAAUCAAACAGCUUGACUUCCAAGACUGCAAAGUCCGUGUUCUAAACGUUGACGCCCAGGCCUCUUUCGAGAAUAUCCUCAUCUCCGUCAUCGGCGAGAUCUCCAACAAGCAGGAGCCCUCUCGCAAGUUUGUGCAAACCUUCGUCUUGGCCGAGCAACCCAAUGGCUACUAUGUUCUCAAUGAUGUCUUCAGAUAUUUGGUCGAUGAAGAGGAGGUCGCCGAGGACGCCGCUCCUUCUAGUGACGCCGCGGAGGAGCCGGAGCUCCAAGCCCCCGUACAGACUGCGGCGGAACCUUCUACCGAAACCGAGGAGUCGAAGGUGGACAGCGAGGAGGCCGUCGCUAAAGUGGAUGAGAAGCUUGAAACCGCCGAGGAGGCGGAGCAGGAAGCCCCGGCUGCUGAACUCGCUCCUCAAACCAAUGGAACCGAACAGCCCGAACCUGCUCCCGAAACCGCAGAGGAACCUGCCCCCGUGGCUGAAGCCGAACCAGAGAAGCCAGUGAGCCCCGAACCAACUCCCGCUCCGGCUGUCGAGAAAGAAACACCUGCAACGGAGGCAGCUCCUCCUGCCAAGGCGGCACCCAAGACUUGGGCCAGCAUCGCCUCCAAAGUUGGUGCCGCAGCCCCUGUCGUUCCUGCUAUCCCUGCUGCCCGAGUGAAGCCCGCUCCUGCGGCUGUUACCGCGCCCCAGCCUGCCGCCACUGCUCCAGCUGCCGCUCCAUCUGCUGCCCCUGCUGCUGAGAGUGUUCCCAGCCAGCCAUCCUCCACUGACGGCUCCGGCUGGCAAACCGCUGGCCACGAUCAUAAGAAAUCUCAGGCUCGCACGGGAGACAACCUGACUGUUCUUGGCUACAUUAAGAAUGUCACUGAGAAGGUCAAUGCGGACUUACUCAAAGAGACGCUUGAGCGGUUCGGCAAGCUCACUCACUUUGAUAACUGUGCGUUUAUUGAAUUCGCUGAUCGUGCUGGCUACAAUGCCGCUGUUGCUGCGAACCCUCAUCAGAUUGGAACCGAGCAGGUCAAGGUUGAGGAGCGCCGACCUCGUGGAAACGUCUACGGUGGAAAUGCCAACUACGGACCCGGUCGCGGUGGUACUGGCCGUGGCCGCGGCGAUCGUGCGGGCAGCCAGGGUCGGGGUGGCUUUCAGCGCGAGGGACGUGGAGGCUUUGCCCCUCGAGGCCGCGGCGGAAACGCCAACGCCAAGCCCCGAAACCAAGGCCAGACUGCUUGA